AUGGAAAAAUUAAAUCAAGCUACUUUUAGGCUGAAAACGGUUUUUGAAUUACAUUGUAGAGAUUAUAUCAACAGACAUGCUAUUAGCGAUAAAGCAUACAUCAAGGUUCGUUUUAUAAAACAUUGUGUCGAACACACGAUGAAAUCUUCAGAUAAAUUUAGGAGAUUGGAAAAGGGCUAUAUCUGGACCUCUGUGCUUAUGAUCAUUCCUGUAGACCAAAUGCUAUCUAUACCUGCGAUGGAUUUGUAG